AUGUCUGCACCAACCGUGUCAUAUAGGGCCUCGCUCGACGACGCGGAGGUGAACAUUGGGUCUCCUCCACUUGCUUCCUUCGACUUCCAUGUUGAGGAGCCGGCGGGUGAGGAGGAGGAAGAAGAUGAAGAUGUCACCGAGAUCGGAGAGGAAGUGUUUGAAGCGGGAGGUGGUGCUCGAAGGCCAAUUCGCACGACAAACUACACGGAGGCUGAAGAUGUCCUCUUGGUCAAGGCUUGGUUGCAAGUGGGGUUGGAUGCUGUCAUCGGCACCGAUCAAACCGGGAAACGCUAUUGGCAACGCAUUGAGGACAGGGAUCAAGAGAGUGCACCGAAGAAACCGGAUAUGCUCAAAAUGGAUGAUAGUGAUGAAGAAGGAAGAAACCAUGACAAGCCCGACGGAACCAAGAAGGGAAAAGAAAGGAUGAAGAUGGAAGCAAAGGCAUCAAGCUUGAGGGAAAAGAUUGAUCAAAUGAUCAAGUCAAAGGAGACAUUGGCAAGGAAGGCAUUGGAGACAAAGCUUAUUAUCACCGAGAGAAAGAAAGAGGUGAAACUUGCACAAUUGGAAGCAAGGCGAGAAGAUGCCAAACGCAAGGCCGACAUGAAGGAGAGGAUGAUCAAGCUCAAGGAAGCAAAAACAUGGAAGGAGCUCAUGGCCGAGGAGAAGGAGCACAUGAUGAUGUCUAGAAAGGACAUGGAUGAAGAGCAAUUGGCGUGGUGGAAGAAGUACAAGGAGAACAUCGCGGAUAGGAAGAGGCUACUGCGUGGUGCUGGUGGUGGUGCGUUGUCUACUGAGUUCCCCUCCGCGCUAGGGCCAGACACAGUCGACGCCUACCUCUUUCAUCUGGCGAGAGCUGGGCGCGCCACGGACGCGCUCAAGGUGUUCGACGAAUUGCCUGGGGAGCUUCGCACCCGUGGGGCGCUCACUUCGCUGGUCUCCUCCCUCUCGUCCGAGGGCUUCCCACAGCUUGCAGAGCGUGCUGUCAAGAAGAUCGCCCAUGAGAUCUUCCCGGAUGACAAUAUUUGCACUUUGCUGGUAUCUGGUUAUGCUGAUGCUGGUAAGCUUGACCAUGCGCUAAGGCUCAUCGGUGAGACACGAAAUGGUGGGUUCCAGCCAGGUUUGGAUGCCUACAAUGCUGUUCUUGAUUGUGUCUGCCGUCUCUGCCGCAAGAAAGACCCGUUAAGGAUGCCUGUAGAGGCAGAGAAGUUCUUAGUUGACAUGGAGGCCAAUGGCAUUCCCCGGGAUGCGGGAACGUUCCGGGUACUGAUAAAAAAUCUCUGUAAGAUUCGCAGGACUGAGGAUGCAAUGAAUCUGUUCCGACAAAUGGGCGAGUGGGGAUGCUCGCCAGAUGCUGACACAUAUCUUGUGCUUAUCAAGAGCUUGUACCAGGCUGCCAGGACCUCUGAAGGGGACGAAUUGAUGAUUUGGAUGAGGUCUGCAGGUUUUGGAGAUAAACUUGAUAGGAAGGCGUAUUAUGGGUUCAUCAAGGUUUUAUGUGGGAUUGAGAGGGUUGAGCAUGCUGUCAAGGUGUUCCGUCUGAUGAAAGGAUACGGGCAUGCACCUGGAACGAAAUCAUAUAGCUUGCUGAUUGAGAAGCUGGCUAGUCAUAAUUUAGGGGAUCGUUCAAAUGCGCUGUUCAGGGAGGCAGUAGCGCGUGGGGUUACCGUGACACCAGGAGUCUAUAAGAUUGACAAGAGGUAUGUGAAAGAGAAGAAGGAGAAGAAGGUGAAGAAAAAGCUGACUUUACCGGAGAAGAAGAUAUUAAAGAGCAAGCGGCUGUACAAGCUCAAAAUGAGCUUUGUCAAGAAGCCUAAACGGCGAAUGAGGGCUUGA